AUGUCCAAGAUCAUCGAGUCCAGCGAGAAUUUGCCUCACCCCCCGCCUCUUACUCCGGAACAGCGCAAGCUCAUCACCGCCACCGUCCCCAUACUCAAAGAGCAUGGCGUGACCAUCACAACCCUCUUCUACAGGCAGAUGCUUGAGGCCAAUCCCGACCUGCGGAACGUCUUCAGCCACAGCAAACAGCAGCGCGGCCUUCAGGCAGAGGCACUAGCCCGUGCCGUCUACGCCUACGCGGCCAACAUCGAGGAUCUCACCCCCAUCCUCCCUGUCGUAGAGCGCAUCGCGCACAAGCACACCUCCGUCCACAUCGUUCCAUCCCAGUACGCCAUCGUCGGCAAGCACCUCCUCGAGGCCAUUACCCAGGUCGUCGGCGCCGACGUCUUCAAAGGCGACCUCUACGACGCCUGGGGCGCGGCCUACUGGAACCUCGCGCACAUCUUCAUCAACCGCGAGCACGAGCUCUACGAGGCCGCUCAGUGGGUCGGCUGGCGCGACUUCGUGGUCGCCAGAAAGGUGCAGGAGUCCGACGAGAUCACGUCGUUUUACCUCAAGCCUAAGGAUGGCAGGCCGCUCGAGCCGUACCGCCCCGGCCAGUACAUCUCCGUCCAGAAGUUUGUGCCAGAACUCGGCGUGUACCAGUCCAGACAAUACUCGCUCUCCGACGCGCCGAACCCCGAGCACUUCCGUAUCUCGGUGAAGCGCGAGCCCGGCAUCCGCGCCGUCGCGCCCUCCGGCGCGCUCGACUCCACACAAGCCGCGCACCCGGGGUGGCUCUCGAACCUCCUCCACGCGACGCUGGCGGAGGGCGACCCGAUCGAGGUCGCGUUCCCCUUCGGGGAGUUCUACCUCGACGACUCGCCCGCGCCAGUCGUCCUGCUUUCCGCGGGCGUCGGCCUCACCCCGCUCCUCGCGAUGCUCAACACGCUCGUGCGGGCGGACUCGGGCAACGAGCGCGAGGUCAGCUGGGUGCAGGCCGUGCGCAACGAGCGCGUGCAUGCGUUCAGGGACCAUGUCCGGAGGGUGCGGGAGGCGCAUGCUGGCCGUGUGCGCACACAUGUAUUCUACUCGGAGCCGGGCGCUGGCGUUGUGGAGGGGCGCGAUUUCGAUGUGAGGGGCCGCCUUGACCUUGGGAAGGUGCCGAGGGAGGUGCUCCGUCUGGAUGCGGAGGACGCGCAGUACUAUGUGUGCGGGCCGGAGGCGUUCAUGGCGGACACGAUUGGUGGCCUGCGGGCGCGGGGUGUGGACGCGAGCAGGAUACAUGCGGAGGUGUUCGGCUCGGGGGCGACACCGCAGUAGGCGCAUGGGAGACGUAGAGGCGUUUUGAGGCCAGUUGUAUUGUAUUGCAUCACAUUGUAUCGCGCACACCCCCACUUAGCCUAUGUAUUUUUAUGUCUUCGACUCUCGCCUAUGUCGAGG